CGGUUUCCAAAUUCCAGCAGUCUCUCUUCCCAUCUCAUCUUGCUUCCCCUCCCCUCCUCACUACCAUCUACUCCCAUCCCAUCCGCCGCCAAUCCGCCGCUGCAGCCGGCACCGGCCUUCUUCCACGCCGGCGGCCGGCACCCGGCAGGCAGAGCCUACACACCAGGCCGCCCUCCUCCUCCUCCUCCCCGGCCGCCGGUACCUGAGGGGAAGAAGCUUCGCAGCUCGGGCUCUCACGCCCUGAGGCGUCCGGAGUUCGAUGUCCGUUUGCAUCUCAUGGAUCCGCAUCACCUGAACCGCCCCACCGCCGAUGACGCUGCCGCCGCCGACGACGACUGGGAUAAUGAUGGCUUUGUGAUACCAAGCUUGAGUGUUGAAGAAUCUGAUCUUGGUGAUUGGGAAGCUGCACAGGUUUCUCGUCCUCAACCACCUCCAAAGGCUACCAAGGAUACCGAGAAGAUAUAUCUUGGACCGCACGGCGCACCGCCAUCUCGAGCAAAGAAGCAAGAGGACACUGCAGCAGCUGCCACUGGGUACCGCGACAAGAGCAAGGUGAAGGAAGCUGAUCAAAAGGUGCUUGGAACUGGCCGGGACAACAAAGGGGGCAAUAACUUCAACCGCUACAACAAUGCUGGCCACCAUGUCAAGGAACCCUACAAGAGAUCCACUUGACCUUCUCCUCUCCACUGAGGCUUGCUCCCUGUGAAACUUUUCUCUCUCCUAUAUCAACACAGCUUGACGAAGCCAAAUUUACGCGAUUUGUCGGUGUGAUGGAUAUCAUUGCUGGAAUUAGGACAACCUAUCUUGCAGCGGCAUGUAUACCUGAACUGUGGCCAUGUACGUACCGUCUGUUUGCUACUCUGGGCUGGAGCAAUGCGUUUGCUGAUUUUCUUUCGAAUGGAAAAAUAUGUGUUGUUCCGGAUGUCGCCGACACUACAGGUAUCUGGAGCAUUACAAAGCAGAUCCAUGUCUAUUCCGUUUGUCAUUGCCAUGAUUAAUGUGCCUAAUACAUCAUCGUCGUCAUCUCUAGCAUUGUCA